AUGUCCUCACAAUCCGAAGUACCAAUCUUGCGUCCAGUCCCCCGUCGUCCCUUCGACCUUGACACGCCUUCUGCCACCCCUCCAGGGGCCUCCACUCCCGAAACCACCUCAGAGCUGCAAUCCCCCAUAGACUCCUCCAACGGCGAUGUGAAGCGCACAAAGUCGUCCAUAGCGCUGACCUCGUCAACCCUCUUCGGCAUCUACGACUACACCGAGCCAGGCGCCCAAACACCCACGACGGUGUCACGGGCCCCCUCGGUGCUCAACAUCAGCGACUUUGACUUCACCAAGAAACCCACCCUACCCGCCACCCUCGCACCCCAAACCCAAAUGCACAAGCGCGCGCGCGCGCAAUCCCUCGUCACCCGCGAGAAGACAAUCCAGAAAAAUAGCAGGACAGCCCUCGUAUGGCACGCCCUGCGCAUCGCCUCCCUCUUCGUCCUCGGAACAGCCUACGGCGUCAUCGUAACGCACCUACACCACUCCAAGUCACUCUCAGCGACCUCCAUGCUCUCCGUCCAUUACGGGCUACAGUACCUCAUAACAUGGGGCCUUGCCGGCAUCGCCCUUGGCAGUAUCCUCCCAUGGCUCGACGGCACCAGCGCAGGCGUUAAGAUCGACUGGGAGCCGGUAGUGCGCAGCAUUGGCGCCUUCGUCGGUAUCGCUUAUGCGAUCCGGAAGCUUCCCUGGCAGUCGACGCUGCAGGUGUCGCUGACUCUGGCGCUCAUAAAUCCGUUCCUGUGGUACCUUGUUGACCGCACGCGCGCCGGGUUCUGGUUUAGUGCCGUUGUGGGCGUCGUUGGGAGUGUGGUCAUGCUGCAGACCAGCCCCGGGCUCAUCCAGGCGCCCGAGAUUGUGUAUGGCGCGGGCGUUGAGAGCCGCGGGGAGGGACUGCUGGCAGGGUGGGUCCCGGUCGAGAGGCUCGGUGUAUGGGUGUGGGUGUGCUCCGUGCUGUUCUGCAGCUGCGUGUGCUUUGGGAAUGUAGGCAGGAGACUCGCGGGUAUGGAAAAGCGGGUAUAG